CUUAUUUCGGGUUUCGGAUCCCAGGUCAGCUACCCGAAUCCGCUGAUCUCUAAACCCUCGCUUCCCCGUCUCCCCCUUCCGUUCUUAAAAGCCCCCCCUUUUGCAAGUAACUGAAGAGCUCGCCGGGCGCGUGGUCGCGAUGGAGCCACCGGAGAUGGCGGCGAACGAUAAGGAUCUCUACGCACUUCUCCACAUCUCACCUGAGGCCUCUGACGAGGAGAUCCGCCGUGCUUAUCGCCAAUGGGCACAAGUCUACCACCCCGAUAAGUACCAAGACGCUCAGAUGAAGUAUGUAGCAACGGAGAAUUUUCAAAAAAUUCGUGAUGCAUAUGAGAUCUUAACAGAUGAGCAGAAACGGCUAAUAUAUGACAUCUAUGGCAUGGAAGGGUUAAAGUCUGGUUUGGAACUUGGGCCAAAACUGAGUAAACCAGAUGAAAUUAAGGAGGAACUUGAAAGGUUACAGCGUCGCAAAGAACAAGCGAAGGUUCUAUCCCAUGCCCGGCCGACUGGUGCACUUAUCGCUAAUAUAUCUUUGCCACGAUUUCUAAAUGGUGAAGGCAUGAUGAGAGGAAUGGCCAUGUCAACUGGAAUUCAAUCUCAGAUCUCCAAGCGCAAUACAGUUGUCAUGGGUGGAAACUUGGCCGUUAAUGGUAAUGCAGGUACUGGUGCUGCAUCAGUAUUGCUGAGACACCAGGUUUCUCCUGUUGCUUCAGUAGAGUUUAUGGCUACAGCUGGUCUACGAGCACUUAUUGGCAUGCAGACAUCACGCCACCUUUCACUUCAUUCGACAGCAACUACCGGUAUUGCAAUUUCUUUGCGAGAUGGAUCAAUAAAUCUUUCUAAUGCUUGGACUCGCCAACUAUCAGAAUCAUGCGUCGGAAAUGUUGAGCUUGUUUUGGGAUCAGAGUCAUCUAUUGCUGUUGGAUGGCAAAAGAAAGAUGAAAAAACCUCUGCUGCUGGAGAAGUAAAGUUUGGGACAACUUCUUUCGGGGCAUCAGCUCAUUAUACUCACCAUUUUUCUGCAAAGUCACAUGGUCGAGUGGCUGGUAGGGCAGGAAGUGCUGCGCUUGAGUUGGAAAUUGGGGGUGGACGACGUAUAUCAGAGUUCAGCACAGUUCGGAUGGUCUACAAUAUAGGAAUUCAGGGUAUCUUUUGGAGAUUCGAGUUGCACCGUGGCGGCCAAAAGCUAGUAGUUCCUAUUUUGCUUUCCAGGGAGCUGAAUCCUUUUUUUGCAACUGGUGCACUUUUGGUUCCUUCGUUCUUCUAUUUUUUCUUCAAGAAAUUUAUAGUGAAACCCUAUUAUCUCAAGCGGGAGCGACGAAAGGCUGCUGAAAAGAUGGAGAAGUCAUCAACUCAGAUUCGGGAGGCUAGGGAUGCCGCUGAGAAAGCACAGCAGUUGUUGCAGAAUGUCUCAAACAGGAAGAAAAAUAAACAAUUUGAGAAAGGCGGAUUAGUUAUUACCAGGGCAGUUUAUGGAAAUCGUGAAGCAAUCAAGAGAAGUGGUGAACAGACUGAACUAAAUGGUGAGACUACACCCCUCCUAGAUGUGACAAUUCCUCUCAACUUUUUGGUGACUGAUUCUGGUCAGCUUAAGCUUCAUGAAGGUGUGAAGAAGUCUGGCAUUAUGGGCUUCUGUGAUGUGUGCCCAGGAGAACCCAAGCAAUUGCUUGUGGAAUAUACACUUGGUGGCCAGAAAUUUGAGGCGAUAGUUGAUGACACCCAGGAAUUAUUGAUUCCACAAGACAGACACAGAAUUUAGUUCAUGUUAAACAGCUUUAGAUGCAAACAGAGGCUGCCUCAGACAAUUUUGCAUGUCUCCAUGCCAUUGAGGUUCUGACCUACAACAUCAGGAUUCGAAUAUGCUUUACCUGCAAACUUGAUCUCAUUCAAAACUUAUUUGCCAUUUAUAAUUGGCAGAAACUGUACUUAGUGUCACUAUAUAAGGCAGUGUAAAAAUAAUUAUUUGCUUCUCGGCUGCCAAUGUUUCUUAUUAGAAGAAAAACUGUUCACAUGCCAACUGUGUAUACGGUUGAGAAGUGCUAAUUGGAAUAGGUUGAUGAAGAGACAAUGCAGAGAUUGUUCGUUAUUGAGAUCUCUUUUCUGCACGUCUUGAUAGUUGAGACAAAUAUCCUUGUUGCUUAAAAGAUUAUUAUUGUGCCUAAAUUUCAUGUUCUUCAAGGUAA